AGAAAAAUAUUUAUACACUAAUCUUGUCAUCUGUUCUAUUUUUAGUGCUGUCAUGCUUUUAAUUAUAUUUCAGAUAACAUCUUGAGAAUUUACAAUGAAUAGUAAAGAAUCUAUUGAAGCUUCACUCGAAGAAAAAACUUCAACAAACAAUUUUAAACUUCAAAGCAAAGAAGCGUUAAAAGAUGAACCACAGCGUGAAUUUAAUUCCAAAAUUGAAAUAUUGGUUGAAUUGGCUCAAGAUGAUCUUCGACCUUUUGUUCUAUCAGACUGUUAUGCAACUGAUCAGCCAGGAAUGCAACUGGAAAUUUUACCGAAAAUAAUUUUUGAUGCAUUAGAUGAAGAUACAGAAGAAGAUGCUAUUGAUUUGCCAAAGCCGAUUUUCCGUCAAACAAUUGAACAACAAACUCAAGCUUCUGUUGUGCACAAAAACAGCAGUGCACAAACAAUUAAGAGAAGAUUAGUUAAUUCUUGGUGUCAGUAUGAACCAAGAUUGUUUUCUGAAGAUGAAAAAGAAGAACAUAUGAUUGAGAGUUCUUUUCAGUCUUUUCUGGUAUCAGCUGAAAAGAGGAUAUUGACCUCAUUGAUGCAAAAUAGUAUUGCUGAUAUUUUCCAUAAUGAUUUAAAUUCCUUAUGUGACAAUGGUACAGUUACAGAAGAAAAAGAAUCACUGAUAAAAGUUAUUGGUUCAUUUAUCUGUCCUGAGAGUACAGAAAAAAAGCAAUUUAUCAGUUCAAUACAUUGGCAUGCCUUAUUCAAAGAUCUCUUUAUUGCAUCAAAUAUGUCAACCUCAUCAUUUGAAGAACAGGCAUCAAGCUUACUGAGACAUUAUCUUAGUCCUGUGUGUUUAUUCAUAUGGAGUGCUAGAAAUCAGUUUAGCCCUAAAUUUAUUCUGAGGUGCAGUGAUGAAGUUCGAGUUGUGAAAUUCAAUCCUUGUAUACCAGGUCUCAUAGUUGGGGGUACUAUCUCUGGAAAACUAGUACUGUGGGAUAUUAAAAGUAAGCUUCUUGGGGAUCGUUCCUUGGAAGAAGAAGACAGUGAUAACUUUUACAAUGAAAGUCUUGUAUCUUCUGACAUUAUUCCGUGUUGUGCUGCCUCUAGUUUGGAUAGUGUUCAUGUGUAUGGAAUCACUCAUCUUGAAUGGAUUCCUUCUCAUUUUGAGGUUUCAUUCAAAGGUGUUACUCAAAAGUUAUCAACAAAUACUUGUUUUCAAAUAGUAUCUUGUAGCCUAAAUGGUUUGAUACAGUUUUGGGAUUUAAGAUUAGGCUUUCCUUACAAAGCUAAUGUUUCUCUACCAAAGAAAUACUCUCUACUAGAUGGGAUAUGGGAGCCUUUUCAUUCUAUGCAACUAAUGUCUCCCGAUGGAAAAGAAGAAAAAUCUUUGACUUGCUUUUCUCUAAGAGAGAAUACUGAGAAAGAUUUUGAAGAAAAUAUACAAGAAGAAGAAAAUUCAGAUUUACUUGGACAUGAAACAGUGGCACAAAACAAUGAUAUAUAUGCAGAUUUCUACGGAGGCUGUGCAGAUGGAGCUAUAUUAUCGGGUACUUUUAAACUUUUCAAAGAUGAAGCAGGAAAAUAUGUGGCUAAGGUUCCAGAAUACUAUCAGUCUCCUCAUUGUAAUUCAGUCUCAGUAAUUAAAAGCUCUCCUUUCAUAAAAGAUAUUUUCUUAAGUGCUGGAGGCAAAACAGUUGCUCUUUGGAAGCAUGGAAUUAAAACUAAACCAAUUUUUAUGUGUGAGAGACUAAGUAAUGCUACUUCAGGAGAGUGGUCCCCUACAAAGCCAGCUCUUCUUUUUAUAGGAUUUGAAAAUGGGUCCAUUGAAAUGUGGGAUUUGUCACAGAAUAUUUAUGAACCCAUUGCUAUUCAUUUCAUCUCAACAUCCAGCAUCAAUUGUUUGGCAAUUCAACAAAUGACAGGAAUGGAAUAUCUAGUUGCUGCUGGAGAUUCAGUGGGAGUCGUACAUACCAUGAGUUUACCACCUAGUUUUUGGCAACCUCUAGAAAAUGAACUUUUAAAUGUUAAAGACUUCAUUGAAAAAGAAACGACCAGAAUAAAUGAAAUGGAAACUGUUGCCCUGGAUGGCAAAGUUUCCAGGGAAAAUAAAAAAGAGCUAGAGCUUCCUGAAAAGGGUAAAAUUGAAAUAGAAGAUGAAAUGAAAAAUGCAUACAAAAAUUUUCUGAUAUUACAAGAUCAGCAGCUAUUUAAUGUGGCACAGAAAGAAUCUGAAGAAGAAACAAGUGAUUAGUUGAAAAUAAAUGAUAUAUUCAUUAAAAUAUUGUAAAAUUUGUCAUAAAGUACUUUGAAUAUUUUGUUUGUAAUUAGCAUAUUGUAAAUAUCCUGACAAUUUUAUCCAGAUUAAAGUCAUCUUGAAAGAAUUGCACUAAAAUAAGUCAA